AAUCUUCAAAGAAAAAUCUUUCUUUUUUUCUCUCUUAUUAUUAAUAAUAUUAUCAACAUAAACAUUUCGUUCUUUGUCUAUCUAUACCAUCAGAUAGAUCUCCAUAUAACCAUACAUCCUUUUCUUUUGUCUCUGCUAAUACAUUAUAUAGAGAUAGAAAUAUAUACAUACACACAGCAUUUGCACAUAUAUACAUAUACAUCUUCUUGGUUGGUGAAAUUUUGGAAGUUUUUUUUCCUUUUUGGAAUUCUUGAGAUGGGUUAUAUUUGAACAGGGAAUUCUGAUACAGGAUUCUUUGAAAUUUACUUUCUAGAUUUCUUGGGAAAUAAAAAUGGCAACAGAACAAGUAGUAGCAUCAUCGCCUUUCUCUGUUGUUUCUGUUGUGGAAGAAAUUCUUCAACAGCAUGGAACUGGAACUGGUAGAUCAAGAGAUGUUGAUUUGGCUUCAAGAAAAGCUGAUGAAUCUUCACUUAGAAGGUAUGAAGCAGCUGGAUGGCUCAGAAAGAUGGUGGGAGUUGUUGGAGGCAAAGAUUUGCCAGCAGAGCCAUCAGAAGAAGACUUCAGGCUUGGAUUGAGGAGUGGAAUAAUCUUGUGCAAUGUUCUUAACAAGGUUCAACCUGGAGCAGUGCCAAAGGUAAUGGAAUUGGCUAGUGAUUCUGUUAUUAAUCCUGAUGGGGCAGGUGGGGCUCUCUCUGCAUUUCAGUACUUUGAAUAUGUGAGAAACUUUCUUGUUGCUGUUGAGGAAAUGGGGCUUCCUACUUUUGAAGCCUGUGAUCUUGAGCAGGGAGGAAAAACUGCAAGGAUAGUGAAUUGUGUGUUAGCACUGAAAUCAUACAAUGAAUGGAAACAAAGUGGCGGAACUGGUACAUUCAAAUAUGGUGGAAGUUUCAAACCACACAAUGGCACUGUCAAACCUUUCAUGAGGAAGAUCACAGAGCCAACCCGGACCUCUUCAUUGGGUGGUUUGUCCACCACUGAUCACUCUUUCUUCAAUGAUCUCGGCCAUGAACUCAAUGAACCAAAUGGCUCUCGUUCCUUGCAUAUGCUAGUCCGCGCAGUUCUUGCCAAUAAGAAUCAAGAAGAAUUGCCAAGUAUUGUAGAAUCUAUGUUGAAUAAAGUCAUGGAGGAGUUCGAACGUCGACUAGCGAGCCAACAAGAACUGAUUAAAUCAGCAGCAAAAGAUAUGGCAGCAUCUGGCCCUGACAUGUCUCUUGAAAGAACUACUUCUACUGAUACUGAUAUGAAGAUGGGAGAAGGAGAAGCUUCUUCACCAAUCGCAACAGGAGAAGCUUCCACACGAACCACAACAGAGGAGAGUUUCGAUCAAAAGGAUGAUCAAGAUGAAGAAUCGAAAAUUCAGCUUUUGAAACAGCAAAUACUGGUUGAACAACAGCAGAGAGACAUUCAGGAAUUGAAAAACACUCUUCGCACGGCGAAAGCAGGAAUGCAGUAUUUGAAGAUUAAGCAUCUAGAGGAGUUCGGCAAUCUAGGGAAGCACUUGCAUGGUCUAGCGCAUGCUGCUUCAGGAUACCAGAGAGUCCUUGAAGAAAACCGCAAGUUAUACAAUCAAGUGCAGGACCUGAAAGGAAAUAUUAGAGUAUACUGCCGGGUGAGACCAUUCCUGCCUGGGCAACAGAGCCGUUUCAGUACUGUGGAUCACAUAGAAGAAGGAAAUAUUGCAAUAAUUACUCCUUCAAAAUAUGGAAAGGAGGGAAAGAAAACAUUCACUUUCAACAAAGUCUUCGGUCCUUUGGCAACUCAAGAGGAAGUAUUUGCAGACACUCGGCCUUUGAUUCGGUCGGUUCUUGAUGGCUAUAAUGUGUGUAUAUUUGCAUACGGCCAAACAGGAUCUGGAAAAACUUUUACAAUGACUGGCCCCAAGGAACUUACAGAGGAAAGCUUAGGUGUUAACUACAGGGCAUUGAGUGAUCUAUUUCUUCUCUCCGAUCAAAGAAAGGAAAUUGUUUGCUAUGAAAUUUCUGUCCAGAUGCUGGAGAUUUACAAUGAGCAAGUGAGAGAUCUGCUUGCUAGUGAUGGCCUUAAUAAAAGAUUAGAAAUCCGCAACAGUUCCCAGAAUGGGAUUAACGUACCAGAUGCAAGCCUUGUGCCUGUAUCUACACCAUCUGAUGUGUUAAAUCUGAUGGACGUUGGGCACAAGAAUCGUGCAGUGAGUGCUACAGCAAUGAAUGAUCGGAGCAGUCGGUCUCACAGCUGCUUGACAGUUCAUGUUCAAGGAAGAGACCUAACAUCUGGAACUAUAAUUCGAGGUUCUAUGCACUUGGUUGACUUGGCAGGAAGUGAACGUGUCGACAAAUCUGAGGUGACUGGAGACAGAUUGAAGGAAGCACAGCAUAUCAACAAAUCUCUUUCUGCUCUAGGAGAUGUCAUUGCAUCUCUUGCUCAAAAGAGUUCUCAUGUUCCCUACAGGAACAGUAAACUCACACAACUACUUCAAGAUUCACUUGGAGGGCAGGCCAAGACUCUCAUGUUUGUCCACAUAAGUCCUGAAAGUGAAGCUGUUGGAGAAACAAUUAGUACACUUAAGUUUGCUGAACGGGUUGCUACAGUUGAGCUUGGUGCUGCUAAAGUUAAUAAAGAUAGUGCUGAAGUGAAGGAGCUAAAAGAGCAGGUUGCUAACCUUAAGGCAGCCUUAGCAAGGAAGGACGCAGAUUCAGAGCAGCAUUCACAGCAUUCUCGAUCUAGCACCCCAGAAAGACAUAGACUGAAGUUGGGUGGACAUUCUGGUUCUCAACAUAGUUGGCACGGUGUUGAAGAUAAUAAUAGUCGCAGGCAAUCGCUGGACAAUGCUAGUAAUCCAGAGAUGAGGAGCAACUCUUUAUCCAUCACAAGAAGACGAAGCUUGGAUCUCAAUGAUUUGCGAACGAAUUCGCCUCCUUGGCCGCCUGUCGGCAUUCCUGCACAGAAUGGAAAGGAAGAUGACAAAGAAUCAGCCUCUGAUGACUGGGUAGACAAGGUGAUGGUGAACAGGCUUGACAAUGUAAGUGGAGAAGAAAACCUGCUGGGACAAUGGGAACUAGACAGUAGACAAUUGCCUGAACCAUUUUAUCAGGGAUAUGUUCCAGACCCUUCAAAGAUUUACCCUGAACAACUCUAUAAUAAUAAUAAUAAAUGUCCUACAAAGAAUAAGGACAGCCAAGAAUAUGAUGCACAGAGUCGCCGGUUCGAUGUUAUAUCUACUGACGGUUCUGAAGAGCUUGAUGCUGGAACUAGUGAUUCUUCUGAGCCAGACUUGUUGUGGCAAUCUAACCUUCCAAGAGCAGGCAGCCUUCCGAAUGGGUUGGGAUAUAAACCAAAGAAGACUAAUGCUAAGGGAAUCAAGAGACCAGAAACAAAGAGUCUAAUUCCAUCACUAAUUCCUUCACCGUCAAGGAAACCAAAUGGAGUGAGUUCAGCGAAGAACAAGCCUAUAAAACAGAUAGUUGCUGCUGAUAUUAAAAGGAAAACCAGCCGUGCAAAGUAACAAAGUCUAGCAUGGAGUUCCUGAAGAAAGUGGAUUUUUUUUUUCUUAUGGCUGUUCCUUUUUGGUGUAUUUACCAUUUAGUAAUUAUAGAGAAAGAGAUUUAAAAAAAAAAAGAAAAAAACAGAGAGAGGUUUCCAUAUAUGAUAGAUUUUUAAAUGGCAAUAAUCCCAGUUGCCUGCGUUUUCUAUAUGUAAAUGGUGGUGAUUUUGCUGUGUAUGAAAUCCCACCUUACCGAUUUCGUUUUGUUAAUAUUGGUUUUCAUCUUGUGAA